AUGUCUGAGCCCAUCAGAAACAAGAAGGCGGACUUCCCGGUCGCACCGACCCCGCAAAACACACCGGCCAACAAUGCUCCCAUCUCGUCUCACGCUCAGCAGCCUGGUGUAUCCAGCAUCGAGGAGGAAUCCCUUGACAAAGCCGCCGCUGCCUCGCUCUUCGCCCGCAACCCUGCUCUGGUCUCCAUGAUCCAAGGCAAGUUGGGUCAACUCAAGGAGCACUCCAAGCUCGAGGCUCAGUUCCAAGAGGAAGUUCUGGAACUUGAGAAGAAGUACUUCGGCAAGUUCACACCCCUGUACCAGCGUCGUUCUACUAUCAUCAACGGCGGUGUCGAGCCUACCGAGGCCGAGGUUGAGGCCGGAAAGGAGGAUGAGGAGAGUGAUGAGGAGGAGACCAAGGAGGAACCCAAGAAGGAGGAGGCUGAGACCGCGAACGGCAUUCCCGAGUUUUGGCUUUCUGCCAUGAAGAACCAGAUCUCGCUCGCUGAGAUGAUCACCGAGCGCGAUGAGGAGGCUCUCAAGCACCUCACCGACAUUCGCAUGGAGUACCUUGACCGACCCGGAUUCCGCCUCAUUUUUGAGUUCGCUGAGAACGAGUUCUUUACCAACAAAACUAUUUCCAAGACAUACUUCUACAAGGAUGAGAGUGGAUACGGUGGCGAUUUCAUUUACGACCACGCCGAUGGAUCCCAAAUUGACUGGAAGGAGGACAAAGACCUGACCCUCCGUCUGGAGAGCAAGAAGCAGCGCAACAAGAACACCAAGCAGACCCGCGUUCCACCCUCCGAAGAUGACGAGUCAGUCGCCAGCGACAUUGAAGAGCGUCUGGAGCUUGAUUACCAGCUCGGCGAGGAUAUCAAGGAGAAGCUUAUUCCCCGUGCCAUCGACUGGUUCACCGGCGAAGCUCUCCAGUUCGAGGAGCUCGGUGAGGAUUUCGAUGGUGACGAGUUUGAGGAUGAUGAUGAUGAGGAGGAGGACGAUGAGGACGAGGAGGAUCUUGGGUCGGACCGUGAUGUGGACGAGGAGGACACAGAUGAAGAGGAUGGUACUUCCAAGCCCAAGAAGGAGGCCGCCGAGUGCAAGCAAAACUAA